CCGCGCGACGCCGCGACCGUCGACGAGAUCCUGCGCUCGAUGGGUGUGACCGACUACGAGCCGGGCGUCCUCCACCAGCUCCUCACCUUCAUGCACGCUCAUUGCGCCGAGGUAUUUUCCGAAGGCGCAGACUACGCGGCGCACGCGGGCCGCACGGCGGUGGAGUGCGAGGACGUCAGACUGGCGUGCAGGCUCAAGUCUGCAGAGGCGCAGGUCACCUCGGCGCCCUUCCUUGAGUGGCUUGCGCGCGAGCGCAACGGCCAGCCGCUGCCCGCCGCGCCGACCAGCACGUCUGGCAUCCAGCUUCCGCCUCAAAAGUUCUGUCUGCUCGCCGCGAACUACGAUCUGGUGCCGCGCGCGCCGGCGGUGGAGGCGGCGGAGGACGAGACG